AUGGGGAAGAAAAAGAAAUGUGCUUUACAGGUCAUCAUGGAAGAUGCUGGAAUAGAGAUUGAUGGACAAGUGGAAAGUGACACAGACAGUGAAGCAUGGAUUUCCCAAUGUACUUGUCUUUUAUCUUUUGCACAAGACGAAAUAAAGGACAAGACACCCAAGAAAAAAACCCUCAGGGAAACCAGCAGAGCAAGCAGACUUGAAAGGAAAAAGCAAGAGAAAGACAACGAAGAAGAUGAGAGCAAAGAGGAAGACAGCUGUAGCCAAGAAAACGAAGCUUCUAGGAGGAAGAACUACCAAGGGAAAAGCAGUGGUGGAAAAAAGGCAGGAGAGGAUCGGAGCCGGCAGAGAGGCAAAAGGGCUCCUACCAAAGGUCAAAAGGAGUCAGAAAACAAGGAAAAGAAAGCAAAUAAGAAGGGAAAAGAGGGGGAGAACAAACAGAAGAAAGACAGGAGAAACAGCACUUCUGCUUCUUCCAACUCAUCUGAUGAGGAGUCACCGUCCGAGGAAGAGCUUGCCAUGCUAAUGGAGCAGGUGGAGCAAAAGAAAAAGCUGAUCUCCACCAUGAGGAACAAGCCCUGGAGGAUGGUGAAGAAGCUCUCGGUGCUCAGGGAGGCACAAGCUUUUGUGGAGAAGUUUGAAGGAGCUCUAGGAAAAGGGAAGGGCAAAAAAUUGUAUGCGUAUAAGAUGAUGAUGGCAAAGAAAUGGGUGAAGUUUAAGAGAGACUUUGACAAUUUCAAAACCCAGUGCAUACCCUGGGAGAUGAAGAUAAAAGAAGUGGAGAGUCACUUUGGCUCCUCAGUCGCUUCCUACUUCAUAUUUCUGCGGUGGAUGUAUGGAGUGAAUCUUGUCCUUUUUGGUUUAAUAUUUGGGCUGGUUAUAAUUCCAGAGGUCCUGAUGGGAAUGCCAUAUGGGAGCAUGCCGAGGAAAACUGUACCCCGGGCUGAACAAGCAACAGCUAUGGAUUUUUCAGUUCUAUGGGAUUUUGAGGGCUAUAUCAAAUACUCGGCGCUCUUUUACGGCUACUACAACAACCAGAGGACAAUUGGCUGGUUAAAAUACAGGCUCCCGAUGGCAUAUUUCAUGGUUGGAGUCAGUGUAUUUGGCUACAGCCUGAUGGUGGUUAUAAGAUCGAUGGCACGCAACGCCAACGAAAGUACAGCAGACGGGGACGAUGACAACUUCAUUUUCAGUUGGAAAAUGUUCACCAGCUGGGACUACCUCAUUGGCAACCCAGAGACAGCAGACAACAAGUUUGCCUCCAUCACCACCAGCUUCAAGGAGUCUAUCGUGGAUGAGCAAGAAAGCAACAAGGAUGAGAACAUCCACCUGAGGAGGUUCCUGCGGGUUUUGGCCAAUGUCCUCAUCAUAUGCUGCUUGUGUGGAAGCGGUUACCUCAUCUACUUCGUGGUGAAACGCUCCCAGACGUUUUCUAAAAUGCAAAAUGUUGGGUGGUAUGAAAGAAAUGAGGUUGAAAUUGUGAUGUCCUUGCUGGGCAUGUUUUGCCCUCCGCUGUUUGAAACCAUCGCUGCACUCGAAAACUACCAUCCCCGCAUCGGGCUGAAGUGGCAGCUGGGGCGGAUCUUUGCGCUCUUCCUCGGGAACCUCUACACGUUCCUGUUGGCUUUGAUGGAUGAUGUCAAUGAAAAACUGGCUGAAGAGGAUGUGGUGAAGAACAUCACACACUGGACGCUGCUUGGCCACCGUAACGCGUCCAUGGGGAACAGCAGCAGUGCCACCCCACCUCCCCUUGAUCCUGCAGAUGUGCCCAGGGGACCCUGCUGGGAGACAACGGUCGGCAUUGAGUUUGUAAGGCUCACUGUGUCCGACAUCCUGGUGACCUACAUAACCAUCCUGGUGGGAGACUUCAUCCGAGCUUGCUUUGUCAGAUUUGUGAAUUACUGUUGGUGCUGGGACCUAGAAGCUGGAUUUCCAUCCUAUGCAGAGUUUGACAUAAGCGGCAAUGUUUUGGGUUUGGUCUUCAACCAGGGAAUGAUUUGGAUGGGAUCCUUUUACGCACCAGGGCUCGUGGGUAUAAACGUGCUGCGCUUAUUAACCUCCAUGUAUUUUCAGUGCUGGGCUGUUAUGAGUAGCAAUGUCCCUCAUGAACGAGUCUUCAAAGCAUCCAAGUCUAAUAAUUUUUACAUGGGACUUUUGCUGCUGAUCCUAUUCCUCAGCCUCCUGCCUGUGGCUUACACCAUCAUGUCCCUGCCUCCCUCCUUUGACUGCGGACCGUUCAGUGGGAAGAAAAGGAUGUAUGAAGUCAUUCAAGAGACCAUUGAGCUCGAUUUCCCACUUUUUGUUGCCAAGAUCUUCAGCUAUGUGGCAAAUCCCGGACUGAUCAUACCUGCAAUUCUGCUCAUGGUCCUUGCCAUCUAUUACCUGAACGCCGUGGCUGAAGCGUACCAGCGCGCCAAUGCGGAGCUGAAGAAGAAGAUGCAAAUGCAACGUGAAGAGGAGAAGAACAAGAGAAACAACAAAGCCAGCACUAACCCCAUGAUGCAAGACCUGGAGGAUCUAUUUACACCAAGUACAAAGAAUGAAAGUCAGCCCAAGCAAGGAGAAGACAGGAAAAGAGAGCCUCCACAUGGAAACAGCCCUGUGGGGACACAGGGCAAGGCAGCAGCCCUGGAUGGCAGCCCCAUACCUGGUGGGAGAGGAGCAGCGUUCACCCCACCGCCGCACGUGCUGGUGACACAGCCGCUGGCACUGGGGGUCCGAGCACCUUACCCUGGCCAGCACAGGCCAAGGGGGCACCCAUUGGGACCAGUCCCUGGGAGGGGGAGAGGGCAGCCACGCUACCCAUAUGCUCCUCGAUAAGCCCAGUGAUGUUCCUCCUGUUUGACAUGGAAACAGAGGUGCUGCAUGAACUGCUGUAGGCUUAGUAGGAAAUGAUUACUGUAUGUUGGUCAUCCACUAGUGACCAUCUGUUUCUACCUAACACUAUCUAAAGCAGCUGUGUUUGGAAGCUUAACAGCACUUUGGAGUUGUAACCCUCAAUGGCUGUGCUGGCUUUGAGCAUGGAGGAAAUGGGAGGAGGUCAGGAUGAAAAUCAGCUGUGGCACUGCUGAGCUACUACAUACCCAACACAGCCCUGUGGCCCCUAACAUAACAGCAGCACGGUGAGUUCACUUGGUGGUGCAAGUGCUUGCCAGCCCUUUCAAAGGCUUCUUCAGUUAAUAAAAGUAGUGCGAGUUCAUGUGUCAUCUCAAAGGGUGUUGGGUUCUUUUGCUGUCCCUCUACCUGAGGAAUUAAGUAUAUAUGAGUGUCUGUGUCCAGCUGCAUGGCAGCCACUACUAGGAGUGAAGGAGCCCUGCUAUACCAGCACAGGAGGAGGUGUUGUCAGCAGCAUUUUGUCCAUCAUGACAGCUUUCCUCCAGUCUACCACCUCCAAACUCUCAUCAUUUUGUUCCAAGCGCACUGUGUACCUCACCUCUGCUUCCCACAGGCUCCUCCUUUGCUCCUUUUUUCAUAGUCCAUUGUCAGCUUACACCAUUAUUUCAGGCCUUAGAUAGAGAAUCACAGAGUCAUUAGGGUUGGAAGGGACCUCUGGAGAUGACCCAGUCCAACCCCCUGCCAAGGCAGGGCCACCCAGAGCAGGUCACACAGGAACGUGUCCAUGAGGGUUUGGGAUGGCUCCAGAGAGGGAGACUCCACACCCCCCCUGUGCAGCCUGUUCAGUGCUCUGACACCCUCAGUGUAAAGAAGUUCUUCCUCAUGCUGAGGUGACACUUGUUGUGUGUUAGUUUAUGGCCAUUGCUCCUCAUCCUGUUGCUGGGCACCACUGGGAAGAGUCUGGCAGCAUCCUCCUGGUACCCACCUUUGAGACACCAAUCUGCAUUGAUGGGACCCUCCCAACCUAGCAACACCACCCAGCACAGCUAAUAGACUAGAAGUGCUUUGGCCUAGUUUCUGAUUGUAACAGCUAGGAAUUUCUGGUACAAUUUAAGGAUCACAUCUUCCAGACCUACAGAACUUCCCAGGGCCCCCUGUAGGACUUCUCUGCAUUGAUCUGCUCUUUUACAUCUACAGUUUCUUCCUGUUGUUGACACAAACUCACCCGGGACAGCUUAGAUCACCUGUAGAACCAUGGCA